AUGCUUUCGGCAAGACACAAUUUGAAGAGACACCUGGCGACGCAGGCGUCCAGAGUCGUUUUCCCCGAAGUUCCGCCGAGUUUACAGGCCAAAGUUCCACCUUAUGCCAAAUUGAUCGAGAAAUUGAGCAAAGUGCGUGAAAUUACCAAUGAUUCGCCAUUGACAUUAGCAGAGAAAAUCCUAUAUUCGCAUUUGGUCGACCCAGAAGAAUCCUUGUUUUCUUCCAACUUGCAUGAUAUCCGCGGCUUGCAGUAUCUAAAACUCAAUCCAGACAGGGUUGCCAUGCAGGAUGCUUCUGCACAAAUGGCACUUUUGCAGUUCAUGACAACUGGUCUGGCACAAACAGCUGUACCAGCUUCGAUCCACUGUGACCAUUUGAUUGUGGGUAAACAAGGCGAAACCAAAGAUCUGGCCUCAUCUAUCACAUCCAACAAGGAAGUAUUUGAUUUUCUGCAAAGUUGUGCGGACAAAUACGGUAUGCAGUUUUGGGGGCCUGGUUCUGGUAUCAUUCAUCAAAUCGUUUUGGAAAAUUUCUCGGCACCGGGACUCAUGAUGCUUGGCACUGACUCACACACCCCUAACGCCGGUGGUCUAGGUGCCAUAGCGAUAGGUGUUGGUGGCGCUGAUGCCGUUGAUGCCCUCACGAACACUCCUUGGGAACUCAAAGCCCCUAAGAUUCUGGGCGUCAAAUUGAUCGGCGAGCUUCAAGGCUGGGCUUCUCCAAAGGACGUGAUUACAAAGCUCGCUGGUAUUUUGACCGUCAGAGGUGGAACCGGGUAUGUCGUCGAGUACUUCGGAGACGGUGUCGAACGGUUGUCUUGCACGGGUAUGGCCACUAUUUGUAACAUGGGCGCAGAAAUUGGCGCUACUACUUCGACUUUCCCCUACCAGGAUGCGCACAGACGUUAUCUACAAGCCACUGGCAGAGCCUCACUCGCCGAGGCCGCUGACGUGGCCCUCAACAAGUAUAACUUCUUGAGAGCUGACAAAGGCGCAGAGUAUGACAAGGUCAUCGAAAUCAACUUAACUGAACUUGAACCUCAUGUCAACGGUCCAUUUACUCCUGAUUUGUCCACCCCAAUCUCACAAUAUGGCAAGAAAGCACAACAAGAAGACUGGCCCCAGAGAAUAUCUGCCGGAUUGAUUGGAUCUUGUACCAAUUCUUCUUACCAAGAUAUGACUCGUGCUGCUAACCUAGUGUCCCAAGCGUCCAAAGCCGGUCUCAAGCCCAAAAUUCCUUUCUUCGUGACACCUGGUUCCGAACAAAUUAGAGCCACUUUGGAAAGGGAUGGCUUGAUUGAAACCUUUGAACAAAAUGGCGCAAUUGUUUUAGCAAAUGCAUGCGGACCUUGCAUUGGCCAAUGGGAUAGACAAGAUGUUCCCAAGACCUCAAAGGAAGUUAACUCUAUAUUCACCUCAUUCAACAGAAAUUUCAAAGCGAGAAACGAUGGAAAUAGAAACACAAUGAACUUUUUGACUUCUCCGGACAUCGUUACGGCUAUGAUCUAUUCUGGAGAUGCCAACUUCAAUCCUGUUACAGAUAACAUCAAGCUUGAAGAUGGAUCCUUAUUCAAGUUUGACGCUCCCACCGGUUCAGAACUUCCAGGUAAAGGCUUUUUAGCUGGUAGAAAGGAAUACUAUCCAAUCGAGGACCCCAAGCCAAACGCCUCCGUUGAGGUUAAGGUUUCGCCAACGUCAGACCGCCUACAAUUGCUCGAACCUUUCGAACCAUGGAAUGGAAGCGAAUUGAAAACUAACGUCCUGUUGAAGGUCGAGGGGAAGUGUACCACGGAUCACAUUUCUGCCGCUGGUACUUGGCUCAAGUAUAAGGGUCAUCUUGAAAACAUAUCCUAUAAUACCUUGAUUGGAGCCCAAAACAAAGAAACCGGAGAGGUUAAUAAAGCCUACGACUUUGAUGGGAAGGCAUACGGCAUCCCAGAAUUGAUGAUGAAAUGGAAGGAAGAGGUCAGACCUUGGACGGUCGUGGCUGAACACAACUAUGGUGAGGGUUCUGCUAGAGAACAUGCUGCUCUGUCCCCCCGUUUUCUAGGUGGUGAAAUUAUUUUAGUGAAGUCUUUCGCCAGAAUUCACGAAACUAACUUGAAGAAACAAGGCAUGCUGCCGCUAACUUUUGCCGAGGAAAGCGACUACGAUAAGAUUUCAUCUGGAGAUGUUCUCGAGACGGUUGGCCUCAAGGAUCUAAUUGCGAAAGGCGGAGACAAUGGGGGUUACCUCGAUGUCAAGGUCACUAAGCCGUCAGGCGAGACCUUCGCGAUUAAGACGAAGCAUACUAUGUCUAAAGACCAAAUUGAAUUUUUCAAGGCCGGUUCCGCAAUCAAUUACAUUGGUCAACAAUCCAAGAGAUCAUGA